UUGGGGACGAUGCCCGCGCCGGUGCCGCCCCCGCGCCGCGCAGCCCUGGCCGCCAGGCCCUAGAGUCGGCCCUGCCCCGCGCUGCACCGCCCACGGACCUCGCGGGAGAUGGAGGUCCUGGCUACAGACACUGUGUCCCAGCAGGAGCGGCUACAGGCCAUCGCUGAGAAGCGGAGGAAGCAGGCGGAGAUUGAGAACAAGCGGAGACAACUGGAGGAUGACAGAAGACAGCUGCAGUACCUGAAGUCCAAGGCACUUCGGGAACGCUGGCUGCUGGAGGGGACACCGUCCUCAGCCUCGGAGGUCGACGAGGACAUGAGAAAGCAAAUGCAGGAAGAUGAGCAGAAGGCCCGGGUCCUGGAGGGGUCCAUCACCAGGCUUGAGAAAGAAAUUGAUUUCCUGGAGUUCGGAGAAUCAGCCCCAGCCGCCGCAGAGGAGAACUCGGCAGGCCCCGGCGCAGUCCGGCCCCCGUCUGCAAGCCCAGCCAAGGAAGAGCGGAAGCCAGAAUCACUGGUGAAUUCUCAGGAGACUCCCUUGGGCACCCCAAAAGAGAAUCGCAUGUCCUCCACACCAGUGCGGAGUCCUGGGGGGUCCACUAUGAUGAAGGCAGCCAUGUACUCGGUGGAGAUCACGGUGGAGAAGGACAAGGUGACCGGGGAAACUAGGGUGCUGUCGAGCACCACACUGCUCCCCCGGGACCCACUCCCUCAGGGCGUGAAAGUCUACGAGGACGAAACAAAAGUGGUCCAUGCCGUGGACGGCCUCGCUGAGAAUGGGAUCCAGCCUCUCAGCUCCUCCGAGGUGGACGAACUCAUUCACAAAGCUGAUGAGGUCACGCUGAGCGAGGCAGGGUCCGCAGUGCCCCCGCCUGCAGAGCCUCGGGGACUCGCAGAGGAUGUCACCAGGACCACACCGUCCAGGAGGGAGAUCACAGGAGUUGAGGCUCAACCGGGAGAGGCCACAUCAGGCCCACCGGGCAUCCAGCCUGGUCAGGAGCCCCCGGUCACAAUGGUCUUCAUGGGUUAUCAGAACGUGGAAGAUGAAGCAGAGACCAAGAAGGUUCUGGGCCUGCAGGACACCAUCAAGGCUGAGCUGGUGGUGAUCGAAGAUGCCGCCACCCCCAGGGAGCCCGCGCCGCUUAAUGGCAGUGCGCCUGAGCCCCCGGCCACCAAGGAGGAGAACCAGACGGGGCCCACGGCCACCCCCAGCGAUGCCCAGGAUCUUGACAUGAAGAAGCCUCGCUGUAGAUGCUGUUCCGUCAUGUGAACCAUCGGGGCCCAGGCCCCGGCCCCCAUCCUAUGCUCCACACUCAACCCAGCAGCCCGGCCCUCCCCGGCGCCUGCCCACCCUCGCCCGCCCUCCGCCUCACGGGCCCCAGACACGUGUGUGGUCCCUAUGCACCUCGAGUAGCGGGUUGUGGGGGGGGGGUGCUCCGCCUGUCAACACACACUCCACACUCACCCCAAACCUCUGAGCCGUGCAUUUUCCCUUGGUGAGAGACAGGCUGACCCAUCUCAGCUCCCCUAAGAGUGGGAACCUGCCCCCCCCCACUCCAGGUCAGAGCAGGUUUACACAGGCGGUUCACCCAUACCACGGUCCCAGCCUGGUGUUCCCUUGCUGCCCCAGGCCAGCCUGUCUGUGCCUUAUCGCUACUUUUGGGGAGUGCCCAGGGGACCAGAAAAGAG